AUGAAUAUUCUGCGAAUGGCAUGUCGUUCCUUUCAUUGCCUGCGCUGCGGCUCACUGCUCAAUGAGAAUAAGGGAACAUCAUUCAAGGCAAUUGUCAAGUUGAUCAAUAAAUCGAGUUUAUCCAACAAGGAAUUUGAAGAAAAAGUGCGAGAUGGCGAUAAGGAGAUACCUGAGUGGAAGAAACAGAAAAUGGCAGUCAGGAAAAAAAUUCAAGGCCAAAGAUGGAACCCAUCAAAAAAGAUAUCUCAGGAGCAAAUGGAGGCUUUGAGGCUAUUGAAAUCAAACUUUCCCGAGAUGACAGCAUCUGAUUUUGCGGAGCGGUUCAAGAUUUCUCCUGAAGCCGUUAGAAGAAUUUUGAAGUCUAAUUGGAAGCGUAGUGAUGACGAGAAUAAAAACGCACACGAGAGAUGGAAGAGGAGAGGAGAGAGAAUAAAAGAAAUGUAUGACAAAAAUGAGGGCGCUGACUUUCCAUCCCACCAGAUCAUAAGUGGCAAAAAACUUAUUGUUAGUUCCAAUCCAAACGCAUCUGAACUAAUAGCAAAAAAUGUCCACACUACUAGAAAUUUUAAACAUAAUAAUGAUAGACCUGAAAAGAAAAACACCAACAAGCUGUACCUUUUAAAGCAUUUAUCCUCAAGACAGUAA